UCUUCAUCCAUCGCCUCUGCUUCUUCUCCUUCUUCUAGAUCCGAUCGGAGGCUUCGAUUUUCACUGCUAGAGAUGGCCGACUCUCCUUCGGUAGUCGCCGUGAAGCCUCUCUCCAACGGCGCCGGACCCCGGAAGACGCGGAUGCAUCGUCUUAUUGAGGAGGAUGGCAUUGUUCUGAUGCCGGGGAUCUAUGACGCGCUCUCGGCGGCCGUCCUCCAGAGCUUGGGAUACAAGGCUGGUUUCGUAUCUGGUUACGCCGUCUCCGCCUCCCGGCUUGGCCUGCCUGACAUCGGCCUCCUCACGCCCCCGGAGAUGGCAGAUGCAGCUCGAGCAAUUUGUGCGGCAGCCCCUAAUGUUGCAUUCAUCGUUGAUGCUGAUACCGGAGGUGGCAAUGCUCUUAAUGUCCAAAGGACUGUUAGGGAUAUAAUUGCUACAGGCGCAGCUGGUUUAUUCCUCGAGGAUCAAGUCUGGCCCAAGAAGUGUGGCCAUAUGCAAGGCAAACAGGUGAUACCCGCCGAGGAACAUGCUGCCAAAAUAGCGGCUGCGAGAGAAGCCAUUGGCGAUUCUGAUUUCUUCCUCAUAGCUCGAACUGAUGCUCGUGCAACGGCAGGUGGUCUAGCUGAUGCAAUUGCCCGGGCUAACCUCUACAUGGAGGCAGGAGCAGAUGCCUGCUUCGUUGAGGCGCCGAGGAGCGAUGACGAGAUGCGAGAAGUUUGCAAGAAAACCAGUGGCUUCAGAGCUGCCAACAUGCUUGAAGGCGGAUACACACCGUUGCACACCUCUCAGGAGCUCAAAGAAAUGGGCUUCCACCUUAUUGUGCACUCCACCACAGCCGUCUAUGCUUCUGCUCGCGCACUAAUAGACGUCCUUAGAGCGCUGAAGGAUGAGGGGUCGAGCAGAGACCAUCUCCACAAGCUCACCACCUUUGAGGAGUUCAACGGCUUGAUUGGGCUCAAAACUCUCAAUGAGAUUGGAGCUCGUUUUGAGAAGUUCAGUGUUCCCAAAAACUGAGAGCGCACAAGUGGAUCAUCUAUUCCUGGUGGAGAAGCUUUUCCGAAGCAUGCUCAUGUAAACUAAACUUUAAUAUGGCGUCUAUCCGUUAGGUGGCGAGCUUCUUCUCAUUUAAGAUUGCUCCUUUUUCUUCAGUUUCUUUAUGUUGCAAUAUUGGGGCAUGGCUAUGUUUGUUCUACGAUUUUGCAUCUGUGUAUCAUCAAGAGUGAAUAAUAUAAAAAAGUACUUUGAUGAUGUUUAAAA